CCCUCCCCGUGUAAUCUUUCUUCCAGCCUCUGCCUGUCCGUGUGUCUCCUGCGUGCGCUGCACUUGGUACGGCCCACCUGGAAGAUCAUGGCGAUUGAUGGUGGUGAACGAACCUGUGGUAUACAUGAGCUAAUCUGCAUUAGAAAAGUGUCUCCUGAGGCAGUUGGAUUUCUGUCAGCUGUUGGAGUGUUCAUUAUCCUCAUGUUUCUUCUUUUUCUAUAUAUUAAUAAGAAGAUGUGUUUUGAAAAUGUUGGUGGUUUCCCAGACCUUGAUUCAGGAUACAGUGCAAGGAAAAAUUCACAAGACAAACUUUGUAUAGAAUAAAAUACACAUUUCCCCUUGUUUUGUUGUAUUUUUGAAAACAAAUACUCAUUGUAUUAUGGCUAGUUGAUACUGAACUUUGAUGAAAAACUACUUAUUUUGAAGUGGAAAAAUAUUGUUUUGUUGACUUUGGCUUCAAUUCAAAGAUCUUUUUUUUUUUACUUCAAUUUAUUAUUUCCUUCAGUACAUACAGAAUUUUGGGCAUGAACAAAUCUGCAAUUGCUUCAGGUAGAAUAGUAGGUUUUUUGGACAUCGAAACCAGAUACAUGUAAAUUUGAGUCUCUUGGGUAGGUGACAGAUUCACAAAACUGAAGACCUUUCUACCAAAAAUAAUUUUUUGGUUAAGAUUGGACAAAUGGCAUUUUUCAAAAACUUUCAACCAAAAUUGAGCCUUCCUUCUGUGUCUUCUCUUAUGGAUGCCCUUAGCAAUGCUGUAGAUGACCUGACCAGUGCUGUUGGAGAGGUCAGUUAUACUGUAGCUGAUUCAGUCACAGAGCAGGUAACAAGCUUGAUAAAUGGCCUUCGCACAGAUGAUGAAAACUCUGGAAUGCAAGAGGAUAAAUCUAUGCCUAUUAAAGAGGAAAAUAUAAUAUCAUUAGUAGUUUCAAAUGAAACUAAUAUGGAGGAAAAAAGAUGUGUUGCAGAAGAUCAACUAGAGCAGAUUCAUUAUUCUAAUUCAUUAGAUUCUUUAAAACAACUGAAUCAAGUUAAAAUGUCAGCUCAUGUCCAGGACAAAAGACAAAAUCAAUUAAAAUGGGGAGAUGCUAACAAACAUUUUAAUAGUAUGGAUGUAUCUGAGGACAUGAAGAAAGUAGGAAGACACAUUAAAAGCAAAGGAGCCACUGGAAAUACAUACUUGGAAAACGAAAAGAAUAAUUUGAGUACUAAUGAAUUUAACUCAAUAGAUGACUCUGUUAUUAAAGACCUAGGUAAUGGGUUACAUGUAGCACUGGAGGAUUCUAAGAAUCACUCGCAUAGAAAUGUCAAAUCCCAAUCUUCAGUGAUUGAUUUUCAGAACCCCAAAGAACAUCCAUGUACAAAUGGAUCCAAGGAUUCAGAAGCAAAAGCAAAUGAAGUACAAAUGCAGAGAUUAUCAGAGUCAAAUUUUAAAAAGGCACCUAGAGAUCAUCCUGAUUGUGUUAAUGAAGUAAAAGAAAAGAAAUACAAAACUUUUUCUGAUGGUAAUAAACAAACCAUAGUGAAACAUGAAGAAAAUUCAGCAACCACAUUUUCAAAAGAAGGUAAAAAGAGAAACUAUAAAGAAUCAGAAAAGAUUUCAAGAGAAGUAAGUAACAAGAAGACACCAGGAAAAGACAACUCAUAUAUGAAUAAAGAUCAGCAUGGUUCCUCCUCUGAAAGUGAAGAUGAGGCACUGGGUAAAUACCAUGAGGCCUUGUCCAGAACACAAAGUUCCAGGCCAUCAACGAUAGAUAGCAGACAGCAAAAAAAUUACAUUUGGGAAACUAGACAAAAAUAUAGUCCUCUGUCAGCAGAGUAUGAUGGGUACAGUAGUGAAGCCUCAAUAGAUGAAGCAAACUGCAUUCAGCGAAUGAGAAGAACACCUCUGCUGGAUGAACUGCAGCCUCCCCCGUAUCAGGAUGAUAGUGGUUCUCCUCACCUCUCUUGUACCCCCUCUGAAGUUGGUGACAAUAAAUGUGAAUUUUCCCACUGUAGCAACAGUCCAAGAUGUUCAUACAAGUGCCCAAGUGAAGGAAGCACUGGUCAUGAAAUAGAAAGCUUCCAUAACAAAGGAUAUGAAGAGGAUGUACCCAGUGAUAGCACAGCUAUCCUUAGCCCAGAGGAUAUGUCAGCUCGAGGAUCAUCUUCACAGCUUCCUAAAACUUUUGAUCCUGAGCCCGUAGCUAAAUAUGGCACGCUGGAUGUGACUUUUGACUAUGACUCACAAGAACAGAAACUUCUAGUAACAGUGACAGCUGUCACAGAUAUCCCAACAUAUAACAGGACAGGUGGAAAUUCAUGGCAAGUACAUCUAGUUCUUCUACCUAUAAAGAAACAGAGAGCAAAAACCAGCAUCCAACGGGGACCAUGCCCUGUCUUCACAGAGACAUUCAAAUUUAAUCAUGUUGAGUCUGAGAUGAUUGGGAAUUAUGCUGUUCGCUUUAGACUGUACAGUGUACGACGCAUGAAAAAAGAGAGGAUUGUUGGGGAAAAGAUUUUUUACUUAACCAAAUUGAAUCUUCAAGGGAAGAUGUCAGUACCAGUGAUAAUGGAGCCUUCUUACAGUUUUUCUGGCUGUGAUUCUCAGAUGAGCAUGUCAGAAAUGUCCUGCAGUGAAAGUACCUCUUCUUGUCAGUCCCUCGUACAUGGCUCAACUCCAGAAAUCCUCAUCGGCCUACUUUACAAUGCCACAACUGGAAGACUAUCAGCAGAAGUGAUAAAAGGCAGCCACUUCAAAAACUUGGCAGCAAACAGACCACCCAAUACAUAUGUUAAGUUAACACUGCUGAAUUCCAUGGGUCAGGAGAUGUCCAAGUGCAAGACAUCCAUCCGCCGAGGGCAGCCAAAUCCAGUAUACAAAGAAACCUUCAUUUUUCAAGUGGCACUAUUUCAGCUUUCAGAUGUGACACUCAUAUUGUCUGUGUAUAACAAACGCAGCAUGAAACGAAAAGAGAUGAUAGGCUGGAUUUCUCUAGGUCUCAACAGCUCAGGAGAUGAGGAACUAAAUCACUGGACUGAAAUGAAGGAAUCAAAAGGACAACAAAUAUGUAGAUGGCACUCAUUAUUAGAGUCUUAAUAGGUAAUAACAAAGAUCAAUUGUGGUUCCAGGGAGUUUCAUAUUUAACAAGACUGACAAAUUUAACAUUCCACCUUAAAGAAUGCACAGAUCAUUUUACACAUCUUCAAUUAAUUUAUCAAACACCUCACUGGUGUCAGAUUACCCUUACUGUACACAGAUGAGAUAGCAAUUGUUCCAUUUCUUGAUGUUUUCAGUACUGCUUUGGUUUGGGAUUAUUUUCUGUUUAGCAAUUCACAUAUAUGUUAUGUAAAAAUCCCCAAAUUAUUAUAAAAUCCUCCCGUGUUGUUAUUUUUUUGUGAUCUUCUAUUUUAAUGUAUCACCUGCAUAUACCCCAAUUUAGAGACACAGGCCUUUAAUACAAGAAACAGAAUACUAAACCGUGAAACAAGAAAACCAAACGACAACAACAAAAUCACAACCACUUGGAAAGAAAGCUUAAUUUUGAAUAUCUUGAUAUUUUAGAUUGAUUUUAUUUUUAGGAGCUUAGUAGCAUUAAUUUUUCAUUUCUGAUGUGAAAUUAGCCUGAAAAACUCUAGGACUCAGUGGAAUCAGGUGAACUUUGACAUAAAAUAAAUAUUUCUUCAAUCGGUGACAGGACAAGCUCCACAUUAUGGCAUUAAAUGGCUUCUGCCUAACCCAAAGAGACCAGAUUACUCUUCUGGUCCUUUGCAAGUCUGUUUAGACAGGUUGUACUAUAAAACUACGUAACUUUCUGUUGAAAGCACUUCCUGUAUUCAUCGUAUUCCAAUAUAGGAAGCUCAUAAAGCACGAGUUUACUAAACAUUUCUUUUAAUUAAACCAAUUGAUAUGCAUUUCUUUAAAAUGACAAUAUUGUGAAAAUUAUGUUGAAAGACCACAAAAGAAACAAUAGUAGUUAAACUGCUGAGGACAAACAAGAAAUUCUAUGACAUUCGGGAAAAGAAAGAUAUUUUUGUUUCCAUUGCUAUUCAUAUUAAUUGUAGAGUUUCAAAAGAGGAAAAUAGGGACUCAGACCAUAAGUUUCUAGUCUUAUUGCUGGAGGAGGAAUACAGGGAAUCUAGCAGAGAGUUAUUUCUUCUCUGUUUUCUGGGUGGCAGAGAGAGAACGGGCUAGCCCAUGAGUUGUCAGGGCUUUCAUGAAAACAUUGAACUCCCAAAAGUGUGGGUCCAUUUACUUUGCAUGUAUUUAAGGCGGGCACUGUUGGCUUCAUAAACAACAUCACAGUAAAAAAAAGUUGCAGCAUAAUAGAAAAAUUCUGCCUUUGGCUAUAUACCCCCAACUUCCACUGGCAUUAGGGAGAUAUAAAUGUGUGUUUAGGUGAGGUUUAGGCCAAAGUAUCAGAAGUACAGUAGAGUCUCACUGAUUCACACUCAUAUUACUGAAUAUUGCGGAUGAUUGAGUAAGUAAUGACACCAUUUUUUAAAAAAUCGGGAUUCUCAAAAUGUGUUUUUAUGUAUUACAAUAAUAUUUUAUUUCAUUGCUACUGUAGAGCAUGUGAGCAAACAUACCAUAGUUAAUUUCUUAAAAUAAUGAAGUCUUACUAAUUUGAGACCCCUAGUACAGCAUUCACUGAGAAGGAGUGAACAACCACUGUGUUAUUUUUGGUGAGAGUUACUGAUGUUUCAAUGAAUUUAGAUUAAGAAAGAAACUCUUCUUACCUCUGAACAGUUCAAACUUUGGGAUACAAAAACAGUCAGGUACUAUGUGAUUGCAUAAUGUAUAAUGUUAAAGAUACAGCAUGUGCUUCUCAGACACAAUACUUAAUGAUUUCAUAAUCUCUUUCCGAAGAAAUCUGCAGUUACAGUUUUCAAUUACAGUAGACUUCCGAUAAUCCAGAACCUAUGGAACCUAGGUGGUGCUGGAUUAUCAAAUAUGCCGGACUAUCAGGAGGUACUAUAAGCUGGUU